ACUGUCGUGAUCGUCUUUUGUAACCACCUCGCGUCGCCGAUCAACCCUCGUAUACGCUCCCCGAGGCCCGCUUGCGCUGGUAACCAGUAACACUCGCGUCGCCCACCAACUCGCUGAUGGUUGCCAGGGCUCUUUUUCGCCAUCGAGAAGCUCCCCGUCGCUUAUCCCUGCUCCUCGCGUCGCUUUCCGAGUCGCGUCGCUCAUCCCCAGCGCUUCUCUUCUCCGCGUCCUCACACAUUCACCAUGGCGCUGCUCCAGAGGAGCCGUUUUUUAGAAUGAUAAAAAAUGGUUCUGCUGCUCUCUCACCACCGCAAGCGCGCUACGGCUCCUCACCAUGCGUCGAUCUAUCGGCGCGCCGCGGCUCCAGCGGCGGAUCUUCCGCCGCACCUGGCGGCGAGACGAUCCCGAGAGUCUCAAUCGGAGGGGAAUCUCCCGCCGAGGACUCUAUAUCGCGGACGUCUGUGCCCGUGGUGAUUGUGGGAGCGGGACCUGUGGGCCUCUCCCUCUCCAUCAUGCUGUCUCGAUUAGGCAUUGGGAAUGUGGUGGUGGAGAGGGAGCACGGCCUGCAGCUGCACCCAGCAGCGCACCUUAUCAACAACAGAAGCAUGGAGAUAUUUCGCCUGAUGGGCCCCCUUUAUAGUCACAUCACGUUGCAGCAGCCCCCAUUAGAGGAGUGGCGCUCGUUUGUGCACUGCACUCACAUGCUGGGACGGAUGCUGGGCCGGCAGGACCACUUCAAAGGGCAGGAAGGCCUUUCUGCCAUCAGUCCAGCCUCUGUGGCGCACUUUUCUCAGAACAAGCUGCUGCCGCUGCUGCUGCAAGAAGCAAUAAAGUCAAGCAAUGAGGUGUUACCCCACGAGUGGUUACCACCUGACGAGCGACUGCCACCUGACGAGCGGUUACAACAGGUUGCGAACUUUCCACCGAGAAAAUUGUUGCAGCUGCCACCUGUUCUCUUUGGCUACACUGCUGAUUCCUUCUACAUUCAAUCCCAGCCGUCGAUUCAUUCCUCUCCCUCUUCAUCCAACACCUCUGCCAGCUCCCAGACCAUCCCCUUUAUAAGCUCAGCAUUGGAGAAGCGCAUAAAAGUCAGUCUCUAUGCUACACCAAAUGCAGCCCCUUUUCUCUCAGAAGACUCCUUGACUCAGAAGCAACAGCACCAGUACCAUAAUCAGCAGCACCACCACCAACACCCACCUACACCCUCCUCCCCAUCCCCUUCUCUCAUUUCUCCCCCUCCUCUCCCCCCAAACCUUGAGAUCGACUGCUCCUACCUCGUAGCAUGCGAUGGUGCAAGCAGCAGCAUCCGGGCGGCAAGUUUUGUCCCUGUUCAGCCGGACCAAUGGCAAGAAGCAGCCAGGCUGGACUCCACUCGUGUUACAAGGACGCCUCGAAACGGACUGAUCUCUACUUCUCCGGGCAGAAGACCAGAAGAGACCCAGAAACUAGUCACUACUCCGGCUCACAAGCAAGAAGAGACAAGUCGUGCUGGCAGUUGUGGGCACGGAGCAGGAGAGGCCAAGCGGGUGACGAUGCACGGCCACCGGCAGCUGCAGCGGGUGUUAUCAGUGCACUUCUCCUCGAGACCCCUCGGGCUGAGGCUGCUAGCUCUGCCCCGCCCAGCCAUGCUCUACUUUGUGUACAACAGGGAGGGCGUGGGAGUGGUGGUGGCGCAUUGCCUGAGAGAAGGGGAGUUUGUCGCUCAGAUUCCUCUUUUCUCCGAAGGGCGUGAUGCCAGAUCCAAGGAGGAGUGUGAGCGCAUGGUGCGAGCAUUGAUCGGUGAUGCUUCCGUCCCCAUCGCCAUCCGCUCUGUCAAGCCGUGGAUCAUGGCGGCUCAAGUCGCCUCGCACUACCUCGCAUCCCCGGCACCAUCACUGUCUUUUGAAUCCGUUCCUGCUGCUACAGCUGCUGCUGCUGCCGAUGCUGCUGCUUCCAACGUUGCUGCUUCCAACGUUGCUCCUGCCGAUGCUGCUGCUGCCAAUGCUGCUGCUUCUGUGAAAGAUCGCAGUGACAAGCAUAUGCAGGGGGAACAUGGGGAGUACGAGCCCCGUGUGCUGCUAGUCGGAGAUGCGGCCCAUCGCUUCCCCCCUGCUGGCGGCUUUGGCAUGAACACAGGGGUGCAAGACGCCCACAACCUGGCUUGGAAGCUGGCAGCCGUGCUCAAAGGGGUCGCGUCUCCCUCUCUUCUCGCCACCUACGAGGCGGAGAGGAGGCCGGUGGCCAUCUCCAACACCCAUCUGAGCGUCAGCAACUUCGAGUCCGCCCUGGCUGUUCCCCGUGCCCUGGGUCUCGAGCCCAAUGCUGCCAGCCUUUUUUCAGCCGCCCUUUCCUCCUCAACUGCCAAUCAACUCCUGCCACGUCAGCUCCAAUCGACCCUCAUAGAAGCUGGGCUAGCAGCGGGGCGACAGCUGCUGCUCUCUGAUUGGCUCCUGAAUCCAGCCAAUCCCGUGGGGAGGGAGCGGAUGGCAGCUGUUAAGAGGAGUUUAGAACAAGGGAAGAGCCUGCAGCUGCUGUUUCCACAGCAUGACUUGGGAUUCAGGUACAAGGAGGGAGCUCUGUCCCUAUCCCCCUCAGACGCCACUGAAGCAGCAGCGUACGAUAAACAGGCAGGCAGUGCCAGCAGCACCUCUUUCACGCCCUCAACUCUCCCCGGCGCUCGCCUGCCGCACCGUAUGCUGAGGCUGCUGCUACCCUCCGCUGCAACUGACCAUCAGUCUCCUCUCAAGCUCCAAAUGGGCCCCUCAAUUUCGUCCAUCGACCUCUCCCCUCUCGGCUCCAUCACCCCCACGCUCCUCCUCCCCCUCGGGCCCCACACUCCCCUCUGGCUCGCCUCCUCUCUCCUCUGUCACUCCCUCAAUCGCCUCCCCCUCCGCCUCGCCCUCCUGGCCCCCCACCCCUCCUCCUUCUCCUCCCUCCCUGCCCUCCUUGCCCCCCUGGGCCUUGGCAUACGACCUGCAAGGAGAGGACAGGCAGGCACGGAAGGGGAUGGUAGUGGUAACAGUGUAACAGGGAAGGGGGACAGUGCAAGGGGGUUGGUGUACAGUGAAACGGGUGAUGCAGUUUCGCCCUGCUUCCGCCUUAUGCCCUUACCAGGCACUGGUAGUAGCCCAGCAGCUCCUGUGGCCGCUGCUACUGAUGCUUCUGUUGCUGCUGGUUGUGGUGGUGCUGCUGCUGCUUCUGCUGCUGCUGCUUCUGCUACUGGUGCACCUCGUCCCACUCCUCCGGCUUCUGCUGCAGCUGCUACAGCUGCUACAGCUGCUACAGCUGCUACAGCUGCAAUGGCUGUCACAGGUUCGAACCGCACAUCUCUUGAGGUCGUUCUCUUAACAGAUCACACCCCACCCAGGCAAGAACACAGAGAUCCAGGAGGUUCUAGGGGCUCCCAAGAAGGGGGGGGCAUGCGAGAGAGUGGGAGCUCCCAAGAGGAAGGGGGGGCGCAAGAGGGGGGGAGCUCCCGAGAGGAGGGGGGGUCAGGUUGGCUGGCGUGGCUGGCAGGAGUGGGGGAGACUGGUGCUAUUCUUGUAAGGCCCGAUGGGCACGUGGCAUGGCGUGCCGUACAAUCGCCCACUAUUGGUCACUUGGCAGAAAUAACGACACAGCUACCUGCUGCCACAGAUGAUAGUGCCGCUGCUGCUGCUGCUGCUGGCCCUGAUUCGCUAUCUUCUUUUGUACCUGGAACGUCACCUGCGGCGGCUGAUGCGUCCUGUGCUGGUGUUUCGUCUGAGCAUGUGACAGCUGUUGCAAAUGCCUUGUCAGUAGCACUGCGAAGGGUGCUUGGAUGGGAGGUCUAAAAAUUCUUUCCGUAAAAAGGAAGUUUAAACAUCAGUGGAAGGAACGCAAUGCUGUGGGCAGAUAUGUAAAGUCGUACAUAAGGAAGAAGUUUGUAUUAGUGGCAUAUUGUGAAAGCUUGCUUGGGUC